CUCGCUGUACUCGUCCGUCUCCGCGGUCUGCGGAGGCGGGAUGGCGCCUGUCCCUGGUGUUGGCCUGAGCCCUGUGUCUGUACCUGUUGUCUCCCUUCCCACCACCCUCCAGUCUCGCCCGCAUUUCAGACCCCCCUUUGGUUGAAGCCUCUAGGUUUGUUAUCGUUUUCAGUUAUUAUUAUGGGUUGAGUCCCACAGGGACGUAAACUUGUCCUGUGGCUCAGUGAUGGCACCGCGGGGGUCAGGCGUAGAGAUGGCCGGGUCAGGGUGCUGGGCCGUCCUGGGCUCCGUGUCCCCGAGCUCAGCUGUGGGAGGACAGAGCGAGGCCGGUGAGCACUCACAGUGUCUCAACACUCUUUUCAAGGUGGUUUCUGGCAUCCACUGGAAACCGCUUUUGGUGACCUCCUCUUCCCGCUGUGCCUGCGGCCGGAGUAGCCCCACACUCUGGGUUCCCUCUCCAACUCCCAGCCUGCCUGAGGCCAGGGCAGUUCCCAUGGCAGCGCUUGACUUGAGACUUUGCGGCAGGCUUGAGUAGGAGGAGAGGGAAAGGAGCUGUUUGCGGAGUUCGGGACUCUGAAGAAGGCCGCCGUGCACUACGACCGCUCUGGCCGCAGCCUGGGAACAGCCGACGUGCACUUUGAGCGGAAGGCAGACGCCCUGAAAGCCAUGAAACAGUACAACGGCGUCCCUUUGGAUGGCCGCCCCAUGAACAUCCAGCUCGUCACCUCACAGAUAGACACGCAGCGCAGGCCGGUGCAGAGCGCCAACAGGGGCGGGAUGACCAGAACCCGAGGGUCUGGAGGCUUCGGCAGCGGCACUCGGAGAGGCGCCCGUGGAGGCAGCCGGGGCAGAGGCAGGGGUACCGGCCGGAGUUCAAAGCAGCAGAUCUCUGCGGAGGAGCUGGAUGCCCAGCUGGACGCUUACAACGCGAGGAUGGACACCAGCUAAAGCACCAGCAAAUCCGUGCUUGGAGCUAGGCCUGGAUGUCGUCUCGCGCUGCUUCCCGAGGGCGGGCUGGCGGGGCCCUGUGGCCAAUGAUGGAGUUGUUUCUUGUUUUAAAAUAGGAUUUAAAACUCAUGUAAAGAUUUCUUUUCCUUUUUUUUCUUUUUUUUUAAAAAAUUCUGAAACAGACCUGUUUUGUACCGAGUUAUUUUUGGGAUAAAUUUUACUGGUUGCUGUUGUGGAGGAGGUGGUGUUUUCACCUUUGCCAUAAUAAACAGAAACGUGUGUAGAA